AUGUCUAGAGUUGGCCCCGAAACUUCAAAAAGGCUUCAAAAGGACCCCUCAUGUAUCCGAAACAUCUGUAUUCUUGCUCACGUUGACCACGGAAAGACGUCGCUUUCAGACUCGCUUUUAGCAUCCAAUGGGAUCAUCUCCCAAAAGCUAGCAGGAAAGGUGAGGUUUUUGGACUCUCGGCCUGACGAGCAGUUGCGAGGGAUCACUAUGGAGUCGAGCGCUAUUUCUCUUUACUUCAGAGUUUUACGCAAGCAGGAGGGAAAGGACGAGCCCUUAGUCAAUGAACAUAUAAUCAACUUGAUAGAUUCCCCUGGCCAUAUUGAUUUUUCCAGUGAGGUCAGCGCGGCUUCUAGACUUUGUGAUGGUGCUGUGGUUCUGGUCGAUGUGGUAGAAGGGGUGUGCUCGCAAACUAUAACUGUCUUAAGACAGUGCUGGAUCGAGAAACUGAAACCAGUUUUAGUUCUCAACAAAAUUGACAGAUUGGUAACAGAACUACAGCUAACACCUCAAGAAGCUUACGUCCACUUAAACAAGAUUAUCGAGCAGGUAAAUUCCAUUAUUGGCUCCUUUUUCAACGGACAGCGACUACUGGACGAUCUAUCAUGGAGAGAGCAGCUUGAGAACAACACAAAUGCUGAGUUUGUCGAGAAAGAUGAUACAGAUAUUUAUUUCAAGCCUGAAAACAAUAACGUCGUAUUCACUUCAGCUGUUGAUGGCUGGGGGUUCAACAUUGGCCAGAUAGCCAAGUUCUACGAGAGUAAGUUGGGGGCUAAAAGGGAAAACUUACAGAAAGUUCUUUGGGGUGACUUUUAUAUCGACCCAAAGACCAAAAAAUUCAUAAACAGUAAGGGGCUCAAAGGCAGAACUCUGAAACCGUUGUUUGUCAGUUUGAUUCUAGACAACAUCUGGAAAAUCUACAACAAUGUCUUGGUGGAGAGAAACGCAGACGUUCUUGAAAAGAUAACGCAAACUCUUAACAUUAAGGUUUCUCAAAGAGAUUUGCGUUCUAAAGAUCUCAAAAACCUACUGCGUACUAUCAUGGGUCAAUGGCUCCCUGUCAGUACAUCCAUUCUCCUCACUGUAAUUGAAAAAGUUCCCUCCCCUCUCGAAUCACAGAGUGAAAAGAUGGAGAUUAUCAUUGGUAAUGCUCCAGGAUCAGAUCUCAUUGACAAGGGGCUUUACAAGUCUAUGGAAUCUUGUGACAAAGAUGGUCCAGUCUGUGCAUAUGUAUCUAAGAUGCUUUCAAUCCCUAAAGAGGAGCUUCCAAUCAACAAUGGAAAGCCCUUAUCUCAGGGUGAAUUGAUGGAAAGAAGCAGAGCAGCUCGCGAACAAGCUUUGAAGGCAGCGAAGGCCGCAGAGCUCGCAGAGAGUCUUUCUCGCACAAACGCUUCCAAAGAUGAGGGCCGUGGCUUUUAUGAGAGAGCUCAAGAGACUGUGGCUACGCCACAAUUAGGUACAGCUAACCAUAGCGCGGAUAAUACUACUUCAAAGCCCUCAGAGACUGAUACAUUCAAGAUUGUCAAUGAGCCCGCUCAAGAGUUUGAUUUGGGUCUUGAUCUCGGUGAUGAAGAUUAUGAAGAUGAGGACGAUAUUAACUUAGAACCAGAGUUUAGUCCUGCUGUUAUCGACCCUAAUGACCCCUUGAGCUCAAUGUUUGAGUACGAGGAAGAGGAUCCCUUUGAAACGAAUAAUGAGGCUGAGUUAGAAGAAGAUGAUGCAGGUGAUUUCGAGGAAAGUGACGAAGUCAUGAUAGGCUUUGCAAGGCUUUAUAGUGGUACGUUAAAGGUAGGGCAGAAAGUUUCCGUACUUGGUCCAAAAUACGACCCACGCUUUCCUGCUGAUCACAUCGAACAGGUCGAAAUCACCGAUCUAUUCAUCUUUAUGGGUAAAGAGUUAGUGCCCUUAACUGAGUGCCCACCAGGUAAUAUCGUUGGCAUUGGCGGGCUUGCUGGAAAGAUAUUGAAAAACGGAACCAUAGUGGAUCCACAAGUUCAAGGUGCCAACUUAGCAGGCGUGAAUUUGCAUGUCACCCCCAUCGUGCGAGUGGCGCUCGAGCCCACAAAUCCGACCCAAAUGGGCAGGUUAGCUCGCGGUCUGAAAUUGCUAGAUCAGGCCGACCCUUGUGUUCAAACAUACGUCGAAGACACUGGUGAGCAUAUCCUAUGUACUGCAGGUGAGCUGCAUUUAGAAAGAUGUUUGAAAGACCUGAGGGAGAGGUUCGCGGGGAUUGGCAUAACUUCUUCAAAACCAGCAAUCCCUUACAAAGAAACAUUCCUCUCAACUUCUGACAUGAAUCCUCCAAAAAAUGCGGAACUCGGAAGAGGCGUGUGCCAAAGAUACUUAGGCGAAUACGCUUUCAAGUUCAGAUCCGCGCCACUUCCUGAAAACAUCACACAGUAUUUGACUGAACAGGAGGCCAACAUCAAGUCUCUCGUUGAAGAAAAGCAGCAAUCAAAUGAAAGCAGCGAGUUUAGCAAAAACUUGAAAAACCUCUUCACUGAAGCUGCCGCCAAAAACAAAAUAUGGGAUCAGUGCAACUCGUGCAUAUCGGCGUUUGGCCCCAAGAGAGCGGGGCCCAAUAUUUUAAUCGCAGAGAACGUGCUAUCAGGGCAGAAAGAUGGAGAAGAAACAUCAGACACAUUUGAAUACAAGAGUUCAAUUAUCAAUGGUUUUGAGCUUGCAGUUAGCGGGGGGCCACUGGCUAAAGAGCCAGUUAGCGGAAUGUGUGUUAUAGUCGAGGACAUCCACAAAAUGAGCCAGGAGGAGAUAGAUCAGUUAGAAGUUCAGAACUACCAAGCUGAAGUGCCCAACUUUUCAGGUAGAUUGAUUACUACCGCUAGGGAUAUAAUCCAUUCCACUUUUCUUGACUGGUCUCCACGUAUCAUGUGGGCUAUGUACUCGUGUGAGAUCCAAGCUUCCGUUGAGGUUCUCGGUAAGGUAUACGCAGUGGUUCAGCAAAGACGUGGUAAAAUUGUAUCAGAGGAGAUGAAGGAGGGAAUACCCUUAUUCCAAAUCGAGGCUCAAAUCCCAGUCGUUGAAGCUUUCGGGUUCAGCGAGGACAUUCGUAAGAAAACAUCAGGUGCUGCUCAACCUCAACUGGUAUUUGCAGGCUUCGAAUGUAUUGAUCUAGAUCCGUUCUGGGUGCCAACCACUGAGGAAGAGUUGGAAGAAUUGGGCGACACUGCUGAUAAAGAGAACAUAGCAAGAAAACAUAUGAACAUGAUAAGAAGAAGAAAGGGUCUUUUCGUGGACGAGAAAAUUGUCCAGAACGCUGAGAAGCAAAGAACGUUGAAGCGCAACUGA